AUGGCGACGAUUGACAUAUCGCCGCAAAGGGCGGCUCUCCUGGACGAUGCGAUUGUCCUUGAGCAGCUGCCUCAGGAAGUCCUCGCCGUCAUUCGAGAUCACACCUCCACGAACCUACUACAUGUUCUGUCUCAAGCGGCUCUCAUACCCCAACUUACAAGCCGACUUUUCGUCCAUUUCGAGCAUGUUUUCCCUGACCUCUGUGCCCGAUGGAUCCUCAACCCAACCGAUGCGAAGACCCAGACGGACGUCCUCGCUGCAUUUGCGCGAGUACUGCGAUUCGCGCCCUACUUGUCGACUUUUCUCAGGCAUUACAUGAGCUCAGGCUCAUCACCAACCUCAAACAAACCGCUGGGGCUCCAGCAACUCGAUUUCGCGAGCCUGCAAAAUCUCCAGCAAGACGAGCUCUUGCGAUUGCUACUGGCAGUAUGGAGACUGAUCAGCUUUGAUGCAGGCGCCUACUCGAUCCUGGUCUCACCCGCCCAAAUGCAAUCACUCUUUGCUCACGAGCAUCUCGCCGUACGUUACCUGUGUAUCCGGAUCUUCUGUCUGCAGGUUCACGCCGCAGACGCCAAGCGAGAGGCUCUCAUUCGGGAGCAUGUCGGUGCCUCGGCCAUCUCUGGAGACUUUGAUGGCCAACACGUUGACUUUGGCUUCUUGCCCCUGCACGAGCACGCACGUGUGGAGAAUCUGGAUGCCUUACGUCGCGAGAGGAACGAGAGGGCUCUGAAAGAUGAUGCCCCAUCUAUUCCUCCCCAAUCACUGACCCCUCUUGUCGCCUGCUACGGGCAGACAAUCCUUCCUCGACCUUCCGCACCUUCGCAUAACACAUCCUCUCUAGUUCCCACGACGACGACAUCAAACAACCUGGAAAGCCUAGCCGGCCUCCUGAAGGACAGGAAACCGAUUCUGCUCCAUGGACUUCCCGGAUCCGGCAAAACCUCCGUCAUUCACGAGUUCGCCAAGGAGUUCGGGAAACACUCCGGAAUGGUGACACUGCAUAUUAACGAACAGACCGAUGCAAAGAUGCUGGUGGGGCUUUACGCGGCAGACUCGAAGCCAGGAAGCUUCUCGUGGCGACCUGGUGUCCUGACGACAGCUGUCAGGGAGGGUCGAUGGGUUCUCAUCGAAGACCUGGAUCGGGCCCCCAACGAAGUCAUCAGUACCCUCUUGCCGCUGAUCGAACGCGGUCAGCUCCUCAUUCCUAGUCGAGGCGAGACCAUUGAGGCCUCGAGCGAGUUUCGUUUGUUUGCCACCGUUCGGACGACAAAAGGCAUGCAUGGGCGCGAAACGCUGCCGAACCUCCUCGGUCUUCGCUUCUGGCAACAGCUAUCGAUCCAGAUCCCGUCUGAAGCCGAAUUCCUCGACAUCAUCGUGGGCACGUACCCUGUUUUGCGUCGAUUCGCCCCCGAAAUUAUGGCUGUUUUCAGGAGGUUGACGAACUCGGUGUCGGGAGCAAGCCGCAGCUCAUUCAACCGAAGCUUGCUUGACCGUCAACCAAGUUCCCGAGACCUGCUGCGAUGGUGUCGUCGGCUUGCGAGCCUUCUUGGGGACGCCAACUGCACGACGGGCGACGAACCCAUCAGCGACACAACACGCGACCAAAUGUUCAUGGAAGCAGUUGAUUGUUUCGUAUCCAGGAUACCUGACGCCAAGGCACGCCAGCAUAUCACCUUCCAGAUCGCCGAGGAGUGGCACAUGUCCAAGGAGCGGGUAGAGCAUUACCUCGAAGCUAGCAUCCCGCAACUUGAGGACGGCCCCGAUCAGUUCCGUAUCGGCCGAGUCAAGCUCCGAAAGAAGAAGGACCGUUCUGGCAAGAUUGUCAAGUCUAAGAGGCCAUUCGCGAAUACGACUCACGCCAAGAAAUUGCUGGAGCAGGCGGCUGUUGCGGUCAAGUCUGGCGAACCCGUACUGCUCGUCGGUGAGACGGGUAUCGGCAAGACGACUGUGAUCCAGCAGCUUGCCGACACACUCGGCCACAAGCUCAUCGCAGUCAACCUAUCACAGCAAAGCGAAGUCGGUGAUUUGUUGGGAGGCUUCAAGCCGGUUAAUGUGCGGAGUCUUGCGGUGCCCCUGAUGGAAGAGUUUGAAGAUCUCUUCGCCGCAACGGGAAUAUCGGCCACGAAGAACCAGGCCUACCUGGAACUUCUCGGAAAGACUUUCGCGAAAGGCGACUGGUCCAGAGUUUCCAGACAAUGGAGGCAAGCGCCAAAGAUGUUCAUCAAGAUUGUCGAAGAGCUGACGAGGCGGGAGAACGAGCAAAGAGAAGCUCGCAACGGCGAGGACCAGCCGACCAAGAGGCGGAAGACCGAGUCCAAACUACAGAGGCUCCUUGACCUGAAGCCGCGCUGGGAUGCUUUCACUCGCAGCCUUGACCAGUUUGAGAUUCAAAUGUCCGGAGGCUCUGGAGCCUUCGCUUUCUCGUUUGUCGAGGGCAAUAUUGUCAAGGCAGCAAGAAACGGAGACUGGGUCCUCCUGGACGAGAUCAACCUUGCCUCCCCUGACACUCUUGAGAGCAUCGCGGACCUUUUGACCGGCCCAGCCGAGACGCCAUCCAUCCUCCUAUCAGAAACGGGUGAGAUUCAGAGGAUAAAGGCGCACCCGAAUUUCCGCAUGUUCGGUGCCAUGAACCCGGCAACGGACAUUGGCAAGCGCGAUUUGCCCAUUGGCAUCCGAUCCAGAUUUACCGAGAUUUACGUCGACAGUCCGGAUCGCGACGUCAAGGAUCUCUUGACCAUCGUGAAGACGUAUCUCAAGGGCUCUGGGACUCGCGACGAUAAGGCAGCCGAUGACAUUGCCCGCCUCUACCUCGAUACCAAGCUUCGGGCAGAAGAAAAAAGCUUGGUGGACGGUGCCAACGAGGUGCCACACUUCAGCCUACGUACCCUGACCCGCGUGCUGUCCUAUGUCAACCACAUUGCGCCCUUUUACGGCCUUCGUCGAGCCCUGUACGAAGGCUUCUCUAUGGGCUUCCUCACCCUCCUCAACCGCGAUUCUGAAAAGCUCCUCAUGCCACUCAUCGACCACCGCCUCUUCGGCCAAAUCUCCAACUCUCAGUCCCUCCUCUCGAAACCCCCUACGCACCCGGAUGACGGAAAGAAGUAUGUUCGAUUCGUCAACAAAGCCAAGAACCGUCAUUAUUGGCUGUCGCAGGGCGCUCUUGAACCGCAAGAGCGAUCCGACUACAUCAUCACCCCUUAUGUUGAGCGCAACCUGCUCAACCUUGUUCGCGCCACAUCAACGCGAAAAUUUCCCAUCCUCAUCCAAGGUCCUACGUCCGCCGGAAAGACUAGUAUGAUCGAAUAUCUGGCCAACUUUACGGGCAACAAGUUUGUCCGCAUCAACAAUCACGAGCACACGGACCUCCAAGAGUACCUUGGAACCUAUGCUUCAGACUCCAACGGAAAGCUGCGCUUCCAGGAAGGACUCCUCGUCCAGGCGAUGCGCCAAGGCCACUGGAUCGUGCUCGACGAACUCAACCUUGCGCCCACUGAUGUCCUCGAGGCACUCAACCGUCUACUGGACGACAACCGCGAGCUUCUUAUCCCAGAGACGCAAGAGAUCGUGCGACCGCAUGAGAACUUCAUGCUCUUCUCGACGCAGAACCCGCCUGGUCUUUACGGAGGCCGGAAAGCACUGUCCCGGGCUUUCCGCAACAGAUUCCUGGAGUUGCACUACGAUGAUAUCCCCGAGGAUGAAUUGGAGUACAUCCUCCAACAAAGGAGCCGGAACACUGCUCCUUCAGACUGCAAGCGUAUAGUGACAGUUUACAAAGAGCUGUCUCGUCUGCGACAGACGAGCAGGAUGUUCGAGCAAAAGGACAGUUUCGCUACCCUCCGAGACCUGUUCCGUUGGACUCAGAGAAGCGCCGAGGAUCGCGAGCAGAUUGCCAUCAACGGCUUCAUGCUCCUGGCCGAGCGUGUCCGCGUGGAUGAAGAGCGCAUCGCCGUCAAGGAAAUCAUCGAGAAGGUCUUCAAGCCCGUGCUGCUGGUUGGCGAUACAGGUUGUGGCAAGACGACCGUUUGCCAAAUGCUUGCCGAGGCGUUGAGAAAGGAGCUUCACAUUGUCAACGCUCACCAGAACACCGAGACUGGCGACCUUAUCGGUUCCCAACGGCCGGUUCGUAACCGAGGCGCAAUUUCGGAUACACUGAAAUCGGAGUUGGCCACACUCCUCAGUCGCGUUGGCCAGCCUUCUUCCGGUAGCUUUGACGAGCUCAUGCAGGCCUAUCGCGAGCUGCCUGCAGAUGUCUUGUCGACUGUGGACGCGGCCGUGCUGGAGAGCAUUACUGCUCUGGAGACGAAGAGCAAAGCGCUUUUCGAGUGGUCCGACGGCAGUCUUGUCAACUCAAUGAAGUCUGGUGACUUUUUCCUCCUUGACGAGAUCUCGCUUGCCGACGAUUCUGUCCUUGAGAGGUUGAACUCGGUACUCGAGCCUGGGCGCACCCUACUUCUCGCUGAGAAAGGCAUCGACAACUCAUUUGUCACUGCGAGCAACGGCUUCCAGUUCCUUGCGACGAUGAAUCCAGGUGGCGAUUUCGGCAAGAAGGAACUGUCCCCUGCUUUGAGGAAUCGUUUCACCGAAAUUUGGGUUCCGUCACUUUCUGACCGAGAGGAUGUCCUACAGAUCGUUCGAUCCAAGCUGGACACCACAUUGCGGAACUUUGGCAGUACCAUCGUUCACUUCUCAGCCUGGUUCGGAGAGACCUUCCGAUCGUCUCACUCUGCCGCUUAUUCGAUUCGAGACAUUCUUCUCUGGGUCAAGUUUAUCAACCACUUCGGUUCCGUCAACCCCGACUUUGCUGUUGUUCAUGGUGCCGCCACCGUUUUCGUUGAUACCCUAGGAGCCAAUCCUUCAGCACUGCUGGCCAUGGAUCCCAAGUCAAUGGAAGCCCAGCGACAACAGUGUCUCGACAAACUGAGCGAGCUUCUGAAAUGCGAUGCCACGAAAAUCUACCGGUCGCAGCCUGAAGUGACGAUGGACGCCAACACGCUGUCUCUGGGCCAGUUCGAGAUUGCCCGAGAACCAGGAGUAGCAAUCGAUCCCACCAUCGCGUUCAAUGCUCCUACCACACGUCUGAACCUGAUGCGCGUCCUUCGAUCGCUUCAGAUGCAGAAGCCCAUCCUGCUGGAAGGCAGCCCUGGUGUCGGCAAAACCACCCUCGUUGCCGCCCUUGCUUCCACAUGCGGUCGCCCUUUGACGAGGAUCAACUUGUCUGACCAGACUGAUCUCAUGGAUCUGUUCGGUACCGACAUGCCCGUAGAAGGCGCCGAGGCUGGCAACUUCGCCUGGAGGGAUGCCCCUUUCCUUCAAGCCAUGCAAAGGGGUGAGUGGGUUCUUCUGGACGAGAUGAACCUUGCUUCACAAUCAGUGCUGGAAGGCCUCAACGCCUGUCUUGACCAUCGUGGUGAGGUGUACAUUUCCGAGCUCGACCAGGUCUUCCACAAACAUCCCGACUUCCGCCUCUUCGCGGCACAGAACCCGCAUCACCAAGGUGGUGGCCGAAAGGGUCUGCCGAGCUCCUUUGUCAAUCGAUUCAUCGUUGUUUACGCCGACGUCUUGACGGAAGAGGAUCUGCUCCUUAUCGCUCGUCACAGCUUCCCAGAUAUUCCCUCGGACGUCACUCGCGGAGUAAUCCGCUUCAUUACCAAGCUGGACCACCAGAUCGUUAUCGAGAAGUCCUUUGGCCUGCAAGGUGGCCCCUGGGAGUUCAACCUUCGUGAUAUACUGCGAUGGUUGAACCUGCUAGCUUCGAAGGACCCUCUGCUGAGCACGGGCACCGUCGAUGAUUUCCUCGGCCUUAUCGUCCGCCAGCGUUUCCGGUCGAAUCUGGAUCGCAAAGAGGUGGACAACCUAUUCGCCAGCAUCUUUGGCAGGCAGCCUCACGACCACAGCCUAUACCAUGACAUCAGCACGGCUUUCAGCCAGGUCGGAAAUGCUCUCAUCGCCCGCAACCAGCUGUCGCAACCGUCAAAGCUGCCCGCCAUCAACGUCGUACCUCGACUUUCCGAGAUCGAGUCCGUGAUGAUCUGUGUCAAGCAAAAUAUCCCCUGCAUCGUCGGUGGGCCCUCGGGCAGCGGCAAAUCAGCUCUUCUUCAGCACGUUGCUGCGGUUGCCGGCAAGUCCCUCGUAGUGUUUCCGCUCAACGCAGACAUCGACACCAUGGAUCUCGUUGGCGGCUUCGAGCAAGCGGACCCCCUGCGCGAGCUAAACGCUGCUCUGAGAGCAUUGCACGAGACCCUCGAGGUCUCUGUUCUGUCGCAAGUCCCAGCACAGGUACCUCUUGAAGCGCUGUCGCUACUCCAUGCGCUUGAGGGCUACAAAGGCAACCUUGAUGCGCUCGAGGCCAUCGCAGCAUCAGUACAGACUGUUCUCUCCGAGGUCUCUCCCACCACCGAGAUCGCGGCCCUCCUCACCAACGUCUUCGAACUCCUACAGAAGCCACUUGAAGCCACCGACCCUCGAUUCGAAUGGCUCGAUGGUGUCAUUGUCAAGGCUCUGCAGACUGGGCAGUGGUUGGUGCUCGACAACGCAAACCUCUGCAAUGCUUCUGUUCUGGACAGACUCAACUCGCUGCUCGAGCCGAAUGGCUUCCUCAGCAUCAACGAGCAUUUGAGCUACGAUGGCAUGAAGAUUUCCCACCAGACGGGUGCCGACGUCGACAGCAACCUCCGAAGGCUGCAGAUGUCUAGAGACAUCUCCGCGGCAACCUUGCAGAGCGAAAACUUUGUGGAUAUUGGCAGCCUGACACUCGAUAACCUCUCCGUGCAAGACACGCCUCUGGUUCCCCGAUAUUCUGGCGCCUUGACUCAGACUCUGAUGGGACUACCUUCUGAGGCACUCGAGAAGUACCGCAGUAAUCUCGAGGAAAUCUCGAACUACCUCACAACAGACGAGGCUGCCGCGCUUAGACAGGCUACCCUUGAGCUUUACGCUACCCUGCCUAAUGACAGCCACAGCGAGCUGCAGCAUGCCCAGCCCCUAUCUACGCUUCAGAAUGCCCCGAUUGCCCGCCUUCUGCAACGAACCUCGGGUGACCUGGCGUUCUGGUUGAAUUGCUGCUUCCAAUUCAUCCUAGAGCUUCAGCGUUGCCAAUCUAUCCUCAAGACCCAAGUUGGGCGUGCCAAGGCCGGCAAGCUUGCAUCAUUGAACCGUCUUCAGCGCUCUGUUGUUUCGGACCGCAUCGCGGCUGUGGCAAAGGAUUCGACAGCCAGUGUGUCCAAGUUCCUGACCAAGGUCCUCCGAGCGGCGCUCAAGUUUCUUCAGGAUAGCGUCAAAGAUGCUGGUGACUGGAAGGAUCAAUCUCGAAUCAUCAGGCACAUGAUGGAUUUCUGGUGGCGAACUUUUGGACUCGUCACCCAACAACACUUCGAAGAGGCAAGGUUCCAAGCCCAUCUCGGUCAUGGCGUCAAGUCACUUCAGGCCGCCCUCUCCAAGGUGCAGGAAAGCUCGAUUCAUGGUGCACUCGCGUCCGGUUUCCUUCAAGCGAUCCAAGAAGACUUCAACGCGGGCUUCAAGCUCAAGACCGGCCUCAGCAUGGAGCCCCUCUGGAAUCUUCUCAAGCCAGCCGCCAUUCUCUCUGCCGAAGCUCUCGAGUCGCAUCGUGAUAUCGAGCGUCUCGCGAUCCGGUUUGAUGCCUUGAGAUGGAAAGUCCGAACCUCCAUCUCGGAUCUUGCCAGCGCCAUGUCGACACUGGUCACCGCUGACCAGAUCGUACGAAGCAACGCGUCUCUCACGUCCCAGCUCAUUGUGGAUCUGAAGAAGGAAAUCGAGACCCUGGAGGCUGGCGUCAGCUCUGCGUCAAGGGAAGUUAGCCCCUUUUUCACCGCGGAGUACGAGACCCUCCGCCAAGCCCUGGUCCUCCAGUCCAUUUCAUACGGUACCACCUUGCCUGCUGAGCACAUGGUCUUGGCUGUCGCCUCGGAUCUGCCCACUUUCGACCAGAGCCGCUUCAGCAAUGCUUUGGGCUCUGCCCAGAAGCUCCUUUCCACCGGUCUUCUCGCAUCUCGAGACGCAAAGACGCAUGUCUGGAACGGCAAGCUCGCUACCUCCCUGCUUGCCAAGUCUAAUUCCAUCAAGAAUGCGAGCCUCGACUCGUUGCGCUUGCUCGAGGCUGAGCUACCUCUCUUGGGCCGGACACUUGCGCGAUCGGCGCCUGAUAUCACCAGCAACUCCAUCCAGGCGCUGAACAACUCGCUCAAGCACCUCAUUUCGGAGAUCGUCGCUGCUCAUGGCCUUGAUGCGGGUGCCCUUGUCGACAACGUCUUCACCCGCGCUUACAGCAAUGGCGAUCUGACUGCCACGACGCCAGAACAGCUCAAGGCCAUGGUGCUCAAGAUUCGCGUUGCAUUCCCCGAGGAGUGGCCUGCGCAGCUUGUCGCUGUCUUCAAAGACCACCUACUCCCGUCUAUAGUCGCACUGGCUGCUUCUGACAAGCAUGCUGCCCACAUGGACAGCGCAAACACGGCUGGAGAUCGACUUGUGGUUGCGUUCUCUUCUGUGGCUUGGGUACAGUUCUCCGUCGGAUGCAUCAAGCUCUACGUUCCGGACAAGGCUUUCGACCCACAGCUGAGGCCUCAGUACGAGAUGGAGGUUCACGACCACACCAAGGCAGCCUUGGAUAACAGACUUGCCUCUCUUCUAGAGUUUGAGACACAUUUCACCGGACAAAAGACCUCCCUGCGCGCCCAGCUGGUACAGGAGGAGAUUGAGGCCCUCGGAGCCGCCCCGCCAGCAAGCCAGAUCCUCUACCGCCCAGCCAAGUCUGAACUCGGCGGUAUCCAGGCGGACUUCAACAACAUUCUGAAGUCCGUUGUCGACAUGGACGUGGCCUCCACCCAUGUUACCCACACCCUGACAGAUACGACUGGAUUGAAUGAGGAGAUGGAUCUGGUCAGGUUGAAUGUCGGCCAACUGAUCGAUCGUCUGUCGAGCAGGUUCGAUGCUUACCAGGAUAUGGUUCUGCCCGCUGUGAAUAUCCUGCACUGCCUCCAGCUUGGAUUGUCACUCAACAGGGGUCUCGACUCUCUUCAGGACCAGCUGCCAACAGCCCCCUUCAUGGGCGUGCUUCCUUUCCUGGGAGGCACACUGCCUACGUCGAACGCGACCUCACUACCGACUCGAAGCCUCAACUUCCUCAAUUACAUGGGUCUCGUCGUGUCUGUCGAGGGCCUGCCACGCCUCGAUGCGCCGGGCCGUCAAGCUCUGUUCAGUUCAAUACAUGGCUUCUUUGACGAUUGGAACAAGAAGCUCGAGGCCGACCGCAAGACUGAGCAGGAUAACACCAGCCUGUACAAAUUCCGAGGCAGCUUUGAGGACGAAGAGGAACAAGACGAAGAAGAGUUCAACGAACUGUUCCCGACCUUUGAUGACGAGGAAGACAAGAAACCGGCUGUUCAGCGUCAAAAAGUCCGCGACUUGUCCGUCAAGAUGGCUGAGCUCCACCGCAACAUAUUCUCACAACCGGAAGAGGCGUCCGAGAGCCUCCGCAAGGCGUGCGCUGCCAUCAGCCACGAGCUCGCUCUCGAGGCCUCACAGAGGGCGGCCGUGGGUCAGGAUCUGAACCAGAAGAUGCUGCCUUCUGCCAUGUGGUCCCUGUACGAGGAGUUGAGCGCUCUGAACGUCAGCGUGCAGACUGACAACUACAACUUCUACUCCGACGCCAACCUGCCCAUGGUUCGACAGCUGAUCUCGCUCGUCAACAAGGUCGAGCUCCGCUUCCAUGAGCUCCAGCAGGUUGACGAGAUUGGCUUCAUGCAGCCUCUCGCUGAUGUUUUGACGGCAUGCGAGACGCUGCUCAGCCUCGUCCAUACCGAACCGCUCGCGAGCAUCCUACCCAAGCUCGAACACCUGCACAUGAUUGUUUACGAGUGGCAGCAUGGCGGUUAUGCGCCAGCCAUCUACGGAGCCCCGGCUCUGUACACGGCACUGACCGACAUGAUCAUCAGCUGGCGCCGCGAGGAGCUCAAGACCUGGGCCAGGCUGUUCGACCUGGAAGCGCAAAAGUGCCGCGACGACGCCAACUCGUGGUUUUUCAUGGCAUACCAGGUGGUGAUUGCGGUGCCGCUCACUCUCGUAGACAAGGCCGACGAGCUGCAAGAGUACGCCGUCAGCUUGGUCAAGGAGCUGGGCAACUACUUCUCGACUUCCAUCGUCGGACAAUUCAGCGGGCGCCUGGCGCUUCUGCGCCAGAUGCAGAAGCACCUCGAGCUACUGACCGUUGACUAUCCCUCUCUCGCCGUUGCCGUCAUCGACGAGGCCAUUGGCCGCGGCAGGACUCCGAUUGAGAAGAACGUCAAGAACACCGUGUUGAUGGCGAGCUGGAAAGACACCAACAUCAACGCACUCCGCGAGAGCGCCCGCAAGUCUCACCGCAGCCUCUUCAGGCUUGUCCGCAAGUUCCGUUCCGUGCUCGGCCAGCCAGCUGCCCCCGUCAUCGAACAGGGUCUGCCAGACAAGGAGCCCGUCACUGACAGCGGCGCCGCUUCGAUCAUCGUCACCCCGAGCGUGGACAAGAAGGCGCUGACGCGGUGCAAGAAGGCCGCGCCCCAGUGGCUGAAGCAGAACAAGCGACUGAUCAACAUUGACACGACGCUGUCGGUCAUGGCCAACGUCACCAAGUACAGCUCAGGCACAACGGCCGCCAGCCAAGAAGCCGUUGCCUUCGUCGAGUCGCUCAAGGCUUCGAUUGCCGAACUACGCAAGGAGACGCCGCAGUUCCUCAACGACGAGAACAAGGACCAGGUCAAGCACCUCAAGACGCGCAAGCGUAACCUGUUUGCCGAUGUUCUCAAGGCCAUGCGCAAGAUGGGUGUCAGGCACAACCUCGGCACCGAGGAUCUCAACAGGCAAAAGACGACGGCCACCGUUCUCGGCAGCACGCGCGCCUAUGUUUGCGAGAGCGAGGGCCAGGACGCCGCCGAGUACUACUUCCAGAAGGCCAUUGACAUCGCGGCCAAGCGUUGGUUUCAUGGAGGGCUUCGUGCAGCUGCUUCUACAGCAAAGGGCAUCCCUCGUGCCGGCCAGCACCUCUGUCGGUCCGCUCAGGGAGGCCAUCGGCUCGGUCCGCCAGCUGAGCACGUACUGGGGAGACAAGUCUCUCACGGUUCAGAGACAAUCUUCGAACCUGCUGAAGGCGGUCGACUGGAUCGUGCCGGUCCUCCGAUUUGGUGUCCAGCUCGUCGAGGUUCACGGCAAGCUCGCGACCACCGAUCACUCCCAAGUCGUCCAGACCCUCCAGAACCGACUGGACGGAUUUGCUGCGAGCCUGACAAAACGCGACACGUCGUCGACGAUCCCCGAGAGGCUCCAGACGUCGGAACAAAAGGCCAUUGA